UUUCUGAAGAUUGCACCAGAUAGCGACUGUAAUGCAAGUCUGCCUCGAGUUAACUAAGGCUUUAUGCUGCUUGCGUAAUGCAGUUAAAUCCAUGAAAUGGAUUAUAACUUACAGAUGUGUACUAAAGUACCUUUACUUUUUCCUGUGCAUGUGGCACUCAUCGUCGGUUGACUCGCGAGGCUUCACAAUGACAAAUGAGGUUGCGGUUUCGAAUCCAGCUCCUGGUGUACAGGAUGCGAUUUUGAGUGAAGUGGAGUGUGUCAGGUCCUUGAUUACCGGUACGCAAGAUGUCUGGUGAGAUGGGGGAUAAAAAGAUGAAGAUGAUAAUAGAUGUAGACACUGGAAUUGAUGAUGCCCAGGCUAUAAUGAUGGCAGUAUCUAGGCAGGAUGUUGACGUGAUUGGCAUCACAUGUGUCUCUGGGAAUGUGGGAAUCGACCAAGUCUGUGUGAACACUUUGCGGGUGCUAAAAUUCUGCAAUAGAUUAGAUAUACCAGUUUUCAAAGGGGCGGCCAGCCCCUUCAUCGUGGAGGGUAGCUUGUCUCAAGCCCGAUACCAUCAUGGUAAUGACGGGCUUGGGGAUGUUCCAGAUAUUUCACCUGUUCCACCUGGCCCCAGCCUCCUCCAAUCACAGGGAGCAGUGCAAGCCUUGCUGGAACUGACCAAUCAACAUCCAGGGGAGAUAACUCUAGUGGCACUGGCACCUCUCACAAACAUAGCCCUAGCAGUGAAGUUGGAUGCAGGCUUUGGUAGAAGACUAAAGCACAUGGUUAUAAUGGGGGGGAACAUUGAAGGACGUGGAAAUGUGAGUAGUGCCUGUGCUGAAUUUAACUUUUUCUCGGACCCUGAGGGUGCCUAUAUUACCCUGCGUGAACUGGGCUGCCCCAUCUCCCUGGUGGCCUGGGAGACCUGCCUACACAACGCCCUCAGCUGGGACUGGUUUGAUCAGUGGAAGACUACAGACACACCCAAGGCAAGGUUCAACUUCUGCAUUAUAAAAAAUGGAGUGAACAGAAUACGCAAUGUACUGAAAAUUCUGAGGUACAGGUCAUGUGACCCUGUUGCCAUGGCAGUUGCUGUGGACAGCAGCCUCGUUCUGGAGUCAGAGACAAUGUUUUGCACAGUAGAACUGCAGGGAAAGGUCACUAGAGGUCAGAUGGUUGUGGACUGGCAGAACAGCAUGGGGGGAAUUCCCAAUGUGACAGUGGUUACCAAAAUUGACCUGGAAAGAUUUGCCAAAUUAAUGGAAACUAUGUUGCUAUGACAUGGGGUGUCAAUUUAUGCAGAAGAAUUUACUGUUGGAGUUACUGGGUUUUGCCAGACAACCAUAACAUUUUAUCAGAUAUUUAUGCAGAAAUGUUUUCCAUAUUUGUCUUUCAUUGUCACAGGUGUGGGUUCAAAUGUAGCAUUAGAGAGAGAAUAUGUGGCUUAACUCGUUCUCACUGCCCUGGUGACAACAAACAGCCAACCGCGCACAUAUGUUCAGCAAAGACCACUUGUCUUCCACCGUUAAGUCAGUUGUUACUUGUUAGCCAAAGAAAGGUCAUUGUUUUUCACUGGGCACUUAGGUUUCUCACUGGGUACUCAGAUUUUUCCAACCAUAGCACUGUUAUACAGGUCAUCUUUUGGUAAAUUUGAGUAUGU